AAAAACACGAGCAUCGCGCACAUGUCGUUACCACAUCGUGACCCACACUUCCAAUUCAAUUCAAUUCAAUUCAAUCAAUUCAAUAUAAGCGACUAAAUUUACUUCCAUACUCUCAUUCCUCACUUCCACUUCCGUCAAUCCACCCUCAAUCAAUCAACUUCAAUCAUUGAUCAUCAUCAAAUUCUUCAGUAGAACGAAUAAUGGCGAACACAGAAGAUGAAACAACGACUGUUAAUGGUGGACAACGUGUGGAAGAAGAAGAGUACAGCAGCAACAACAAUAACAAACCAGGAAAACCCCAUUUCAAAGGGGUUGAAGAAAAUUCAAAGAGUUUAUACGACGCCUUUUCAUCGCUUCUCUUUCCGAUCUUCUUCCCAGAUCCUCAUUAUCCCUCUUCUUUUUAUCGCCGAACCAAGGAUUCUUUCAGAGAGAACCUUCCGCAUGUUCGAGACGCUUCUAGAAGUACUGGGUUGAAUGUUCUUCGGUGGGCCCGUAAUGGGAGCUCUUUUCGCUUGCUCCUUGUUAUUUCUGUUGGGACAAUUACCCUUCUAACCUUGACAGGGGUGCUAGUUUUUUUGCUGUUUUUGGCAGCAGCAACUGUCAAUGCAAUCAUCCUAUCAAUUUUUAUGUCUUUGGCUGCUGCUGGCGGCUUCUUGGCUAUUUUCUUUGCCUGUCUAGCAGGAAUCUACAUCGGGGCAUUGUCAAUUGCUUUUUUUGUCAUUUCCUCUGUGACAAUAGCAGCAAUCAUAACCGCGCUCAUUGUUACAGGCUGGAUUGGAUUCUUUUGGAGUCUGUGGCUGGUAACAAAGAAAAGUGCCGGCAUUGCAAAGCACUCAGUGACUGUCACUGGUUCAGCACUUACAGCAUAUACCUCAGGUCGGCGGAAUAACCAUCAUGAUUGAUACUGAUCAUGAAAAAGAAGCCGGACACCAUGUAUGUAUCUGGAGUCUGCAUAAAUUGUGAAAAUAAGUCCGACAUGUUUGGUGCAUAAGCUUCUUAUUGAUAGCUAUGGUUUUCAGUAACUAGUGCUGAGCACAAACAAUGAUGUCUAUGAUCUGAUGUAUGAUGUAUGUAUAUGUCGGGGCUGGCUUUGUAGUUUUGGCUGCUCUCUGGAAUGCUUUGGCGUUGAUCAAGCUUAGAGCUGUGUAGUGUGCUUAUGUAGUAGUAUUUGUCAAGUAUAGAAGAAAAGAAUAUUAUCAAGAUUUGAAUACGUAAAGUACACGAAGAUAGGUAAAGUGCAAGUUAUAUAAAAUCAAAAUAUAUUUGAAUAGUAAUGGAAUCAAUCCCAUGACAAGAUAUUACUUAAUGAAGUAAUGUUACUAAAUGUAACAGUAUUUUCUCUA